AUGUUUCUCAAAGUUCAGAUACCUUGGAACGUGAUGAUUCCAGCUGAAACCAUGGAUGCAAAAGGGCUGAUGCUGAAGAGAGAGAUAAUAGUACAGUUACUGGAAGCAUUCGCUUCGAAGAAAGCCACCAAUGAGCUCGGCUACUACUUGACAGUCACGGAUCUUGACAAGAUCGGAGAAGGCAAGAUCAGGGAGCACACCGGCGAAGUCAUGUUCCCUGUGGUGUUCAGCGGGAUUACUUUCAAGAUCUUCACAGGUGAGAUACUUCAAGGUGUGGUUCACAAGAUUCUGAAGCACGGUGUGUUCCUGAGGUGUGGUCCGGUGGAGAAUGUUUACAUCUCCAACUCGUUGAUGCCGGACUACAAGUUCGUCCAUGGAGAGAACCCGAUCUUCAUGAACGACAAGAUGUCGAGGAUUCAGGUGGAGACUACGGUUAGGUUCUUGGUGGUGGCGACGCAGUGGAUGGAUGCUGAGAGGGAGUUUCAGGCGCUGGCUAGUCUUAAAGGGGACUACCUUGGACCCAUCUCUGAAGAAUGA